AAAAGGGCGAGUUUUUAGUGAUCCUUAUAUUCAAAAUGACCACGAAUACAAAAGAUGGCAUCACCAUAAGGACAAUGAGAGAAGAGGACUAUAAGCAAGUUAAAUCUUUUAUGACGGAACAAUUCUUCCUCAAUGGCGAACCACUGUGCGCCUCAUCUGGGGAAAAUGUGCAGAAGUGUAUGGAGAAGGAGAACGAUGAGUAUCAUUUAUCGAUGAUCAACCAGGGCACCUGCCUUGUCGCCACAGAUGAGAAUCAAAAUGGUCGAAUUGUCGGCAUAGUAUUGGCUGGUGGUCAAAUUGCCAGCGACCUUCAGAAGCAUCAAGAAGAAGCUGCUGCCAUGGAAAACCAUUUUUUCGGACAUAUUAGCCGAUUGCUAUCCAAACUUGAAUUGGAGGGAAAUGUGUAUAAGCGUUUUGGCGUCGAAAAGUCCAUAUAUUCACACAUCACCAAUGUGGAUGGCUCAAUGAGGGGUAAGGGUUUGGGAUCGCGUCUCGCUGCUACUCUAAUGGAAGUGGGUCGAUCCAAGGGCUUUCCCCUAAUGAUAGCUUAUUGUACCAGUUACUAUUCAGCCAAGCAAAAAAAAGCCUUGGGCAUGGAGUGCGUACAUUCAAUUACCUAUGCCGACUACAAGGAUGAGAAGGGAAAUGUGAUCUUCAAACCAGCUGCACCAAAUACCAAAGUUGAAUUAGUGGCCAUCAAACUUUAAUUGAAAUUGUGAAUCAUUCGAAGUGUUAAUUAGUGAAUGACUAUUAAGUGUAAUAAUAACAAACAAUACGCGAAAAGAUGAUUGCAUUUUUGUUUUCAAAAGUACUGCCCUUAUUGUUUGUUUCCCUAACCCUUUGGGCAACGCGAAACUAUUA